AUGUGCACCACGUACAUCUACACCUACGUCCACCCGGACGGGCGUAGGGAGCAGGUCCGCCGCCCCGCGCUCUGCCCGGUGGCCCGCCACGGCCAGCCCUGCGUCGACAACGUCGUCCUCCAGCACCCGACCCAAUACGUUCCCUCGUCAUCACUGCCGUCGUACACCAGCUACUUCCCACCCACGCCACCGGCCUUUACCCCUCGGUCCGGUACGCCCAGCUACCGCUCUGGCGACGAGUCGGACCGAUCAUACCACAGCUCGUCGAGCAACAGGCGACGAUCUGGUGUCUACAUCAACGGCCAGCGCGUGCUCGAUCUCAACCGCCGUGAUCGGGACCGUCACCUACGCCGGGAGCGCAUUGUUCUGGUGGACAACCCACCCACCCCUCGGACACCGCCCCAGGCGUUCAACUUUCCCAACACAGCUCCCUCAUCCCCCAACGUCAACGCCUUCUCCCCUCACAUUGUCGACGCCUCACCGCGCGACUCGUACACGCGCCGCCCGGUCAUCGUCGAUGAGCGCCCGCGCGUAGAGCGCCCAUCGGUCCAGAUCGAGGUGGUCGAGCCGCGGCCCCCUCGUCGCUCGAACACCCACAUGCGCCACUCCUCGACGAGCUCGCGCGAGAGCGGACGACCCACAUACCCAAGCGCAGAAGAGGAGGAGCUUCGCCAGCGGCGGCGUGAGCGUGAGGCGAUUCGGCAGGAGCGGCGGUUGCGCGAGGCUCAGGAGAAGGAGCAGAAGGAGCGGGAGGCGCGCGAGAAGACGAUCCGCGACCUGCGCAUGAGGCAGCGGAUCGCCGACGCCAACGCGGAGAUUGCCAACAGGCCCGCGGUGCCAAUGCCGCCGGCUCCGAAGCGAGCGUCGACUUUUGUGGCGGCCAAGGCCGCGAGAGAGGCGCAGGAGCGAGAGGCAGACUUGAUUGACGCGGUGCGGCGGCUGGACCUGGAAGAGAAGAGGCGGGCGAAGCGGGUCGAGAGGGAGGAAGACGAGGAGCAGCGUGCCCGGCUGCGCGAGAGGAUGGUGCCGCGGCGGCGGGCCACGGUUGGGCCGGGAAGUAGGCGUCACAGGGUCCUCUACGACGACGGCAUCUACCGAUGGGAGUAA